GUGUCGCUGCUGUAGCUGUAGGUCUCACUUGUAAUUCAAACCCAUUGGGGAACGGACUCAUCGAAAACAAUUCCACUAGCAACGCUCGGUUAAUGUAUGCCACGCUGUAACACUGUAUUAUCACCAUAUUUCUAAAUGCCACAGUUGCCAAAGGAAAAUCCCCAUAAGAGCGUCGCCUGAAAACUUCAAAUGGAAAGAGCUUGGCGAAUGCAAGACGUACCAGGGAGAUCCGAGCUCUGUUCAUGAGAGUAAAGACUAUCACAUUUCAGUCUGUCAAUCGCUUACUUGCUUGAAGUGGAUCUUCGGUAUGGACUUAACAAGGAGCUAAUGUCAAGUGGACUUUGAAAAUAGUUUAUAACAUAGAAGACUUCAUUCUACCGGGGUGUUUGAUACGCAUUUUCUUUUCCGUGAAGAUCUGUUUGAAAAGUCCGUGGAAAUGGGGGAACAGCCGAUCUUCACCACCAGGGCUCAUGUCUUCCAAAUCGACCCCACCACCAAGAAGAACUGGGUCCCGGCCAGCAAGCAGGCCGUCACCGUCUCCUACUUCUAUGACAGCACGCGGAACAGCUACCGCAUCAUCAGCGUGGAUGGUUCUAAGGUGAUAAUUAAUAGCACAAUCACACCCAACAUGACCUUCACUAAGACCUCCCAGAAGUUUGGCCAGUGGGCGGACAGCAGGGCUAACACCGUGUUUGGACUGGGAUUCGCAUCAGAACAGCAACUCACAAAGUUUGCAGAGAAAUUUCAGGAGGUAAAAGAGGCUGCAAAACUGGCCAGAGACAAGUCUCAGGAUAAGAUGGAGACCUCCAGCAACCAUUCCCAGGAGUCUGGUCGGGAGACUCCCUCGUCCACACAGGCUUCCAGCAUCAACGGCACCGACGACGAGAAGAUCUCUCAUGGGGGCCCGGAGACCGCACUACUCCAGACCGAGAACGACCGACUAAAGACGGCCGUGGAGCAAAGUAAUACUAAUGCCAAGAAGUGGGAGACUGAACUACAGACCUUGAAGGAGAGCAAUGCUCGUCUGGUAGACUCCCUGCAAGAGUCCAAUACUAAUGUUGAGACGUGGAAAAAGCAGCUGGCCACCUGCAAGGAAGAAGGUGAUCAGCUCAGGAGCAAGAUCACAGAGCUGGAGGCCCAGUGCAAGGAGGCCAACCAGGAGAAGGAGAGGAACGCCCAGCUCACACUCCGAGUACAGGAGCUGGAGGCUGAGCUGCAGGACAAAGAGCAGGAGCUGGAGAACCUGCGGAAGCAAGCUGAGAUCAUCCCACAGCUCAUGGCUGAAUGUGAGAGCAUCACUGGAAAAUUACAGGCUGCUGAAACGGCAAAUAAAGAGCUGUCUGAGAAGAUGGUCGUCCUCAAAAGCGACGUUGAGGAGAGCCAACAAAAGCAAGGGGACAUGAAGGGCGAGCUGAAGAAGUUCAUGGAUGUUCUGGAGGGCAAAAUCGACGAGCUGCACGAGGUCAGGCAGGGCCUGUCCAAACUGGGCCUUGACAACUAGGAGAUCCGCUGUGUGCCGAGGCCACUAUGGGAAACACCGGAGAUGGGAAGUUGUCAGCAUAGAUCACCACGGUACCACGUCCCAAGUGGAUUCCACUUGUAAUGGAGAACAAUCACAAUAAUAAAUGAAAAAGUAACAGCUAUAAAACAAUGGCCAUGAGGAAGAGGGAGAGCGCCACGACCCGGGAUGCUCCUGCUGAUAAGUGUGCAUUGCAUCUUAAUUCUGAACCGUGGCACAGUCCUGCAAUAUGGCUACCAUGCCAUAUCUUCUAGGGUUAAAGGGUGGAGGGUUCUGUCGGUCUGUCAAUCUAUCCGUCUAUCUGUCUGUCUGUCAGUCAGUCUGCCUGUCUGUCUGUCUUGCUGUGACAUCUGUGCGCGUGUUUGCCGCAGUCCACGCUCAUAGAACAGAUGUGGAGGUGCAAAGGGGUUUCUCAAAGGGCUAACGGUGAGAUAAGGUAUACGGCUAGCUUCACUCAUGUAAGUAAUAAUAGAUCACAAUUACACUGGAGACCUCGAGUACGUAUGAGGGGUGAAACCGGAACCUGUACGUCGGUUUCACAAAUGAUCUCAGGUUGUUUUUGGGGGGACAUUUUGGUCAUUCGAUAUGCACAUACAUGAACGGCAGUGUCACAAAAGUGCCUCAGCUUGGAGUUCCUCUAAGCUGGCAAGCUCUCUGGGGCUUCUCAAAGCCAGAGCAAUCGAGGAUUAAAUUAAUAACCACUUUGAUAUUUCUAUGAAAGCAGAAUCUAACGGGCUCCUGGGGUAGUUUACCUCUGUUUACAAAGGUACUAGCCCAUAUAAGGACUCAUGUCUAGAGCCAGUGAGACUGGAGAGCAGUUGAUGAAAGCUGAGCACAUCCCAUGGAUGUUGUGGCAUGCAGACUUGCAUGAGACCUGCCUCAGUAAGAUCAAACAGUGCAUUAAGAAAUGCAGGUGCCUGGUCGGCUCAAGUGUAUGUGCAUAAUAAUGAAGGGGGCUCUUGUUCAUUCUCAGUAGGAUUGGGAAAAUUACAAUACCUACCAGUUACCCCGAACCUAUGCUAGGAAACCCAUUUGUUUUGAAUGCUAAAUUCAAAGGAUUUUUGCAUGUGGUGGUGCCGAUUUCAUCCAUUUUGAGAAGAAAUGUGCGUCUUUCACUUUGUAGUUUAUGUAAUGGAUGUGCUUCCCAUACUUCAAUCUCUCUCUCUCUCUCUCUCUCUCUUUCUCUCUCUCUCUCUCUCUCUCCGUAUGAUAGUGUGUUUGGGCUCAAGGGAUGUGCUGUUGCUGCUAGACUUUGGGGAUUACAUGGAAAGUGUACUUCUUCAAGCGGAGUUGGGUCAGGUCUGUAAUACAGUCCGAUGCUGCAACUCAGUUUCCAAACUUUGUGCUGGUGCCUAUAGAUUCAGUUUGACUCUUUCUAGCAGCAAACUAGCAUUAUGAAAACAAUGUCCUAAUGUUAUUGAUAAAUUGAGAUACAGUUUUUUUUUUUGUUUGAUUUUUUUUGGGUGCUGACUUUAUAUGGAAUUAUUAUGUGUUUUGAAGGGAUGGUGAUGUCACAUGUUCUCUGUGUCUUUUCCAAAGUUAAAAUGUGAAAAUUGCCUUUCUGACAACAGCCACAUUCUUCUUGUUUGCUAGCUGUGACUGUUGGGAAUGGAACGAACAUCUCAUUAUAGACUCACUGUAGGGAAAUGUUUGCUGUAAAUGUUCAGUUGUAAGUCACUGUUGGAGUUCACCCUGCAUGGUGUUCUCUCCAGAGUGGACUCUCCCAUCCCAGGCCGGCCCUCAUCUGGCCCAGACCCACCCCAGGGGCCGUUGCCUGGGGGACGCCACACCAAGUAAAUCCACACACUGAAAAGAGACCUCCGAAGUGAGGGAAUCCUUGCUAAAUAUUAUACUGAGAACACUUGACCUUUUUUUCCUGCUCCUGAGACAAUUGACUCCUUUUCACUUUUUGUGAUUUUCUGAACGAAGUUGUACCAUAUAGAGUUGAUAACUGUUCAAAUAUAGUUUAACUACAAA